ACUAAAAGCCCUCGCUUGUUAUUGGCAGCUUCUUCACUUCUUCACUUCUUCACUGUUCAUCUCUCUCUUUCCAAUUCUUCCUCAAACCCUACACAUUCCUUCCUCCCUUUUCAAUUUCUUAAUGUAGGAUAUAAAACAAACCCAAAUCGAAAAAUCAAAUCUUGUAAACACCCAUAUUCUCUGGUGGUUGAGUUUCUUGUUCUGGUGGCCAAAAUGGGUUCACCAAACGGAGAACCUUGCAGCCAAGGACAUGGAGCUUGAGCACGACCCAGAUGCUGCAUUAUGGGAAAGGCUGAGGAAGAGCAGAACCUUAGUGGUAGUACUAGUAGUGAGGGUUCCGAGCAGAAUGUGGAGCCGAGAUUGAGGUGUGUUGGGUUUCGAUGGAGAAGGUUCAUUGGUCUCAGAUGCUUGCUUGUGUUGCUGUUUUCACUUGGAGUGUUCCUCUCUGCUUUGUUUUGGUUGCCUCCUUUUCUUCGGUUUGCAGAUCAAGGGGAUCUGGAUCUUGAUCCUAGAUUUAAAGGUCAUGAUAUAGUAGCGAGUUUUAAUCUUCACCAGCCAAUUUCUUUGCUGGAGGACAAUAUCUUGCAGCUUGGGAAUGAUAUUCUGGAUGAGAUAGAUUCUCCUUCAAUCAAAAUUGUUAUCUUAGAUCUUGAACCUUUGGCUGGAUCAAACAUUACAAAGGUUGUGUUUGCUGUUGAUCCUGAAGUGAAUUACUCAAAGAUAUCUCCAACAGCUGAAAGUUUGGUCAGAGCAUCAUUUGAAUAUUUGGUUACACACCAAUCAUCUCUACGUCUAACAAAAUCCUUGUUCGGAGACCCAUCCUUUUUUGAGGUGCUAAGGUUCCCAGGAGGCAUUACUGUGAUUCCUCUACAGAAUGUUUUUCUCCUGCAGAAAGUGCAAUUCCUUUUCAACUUCACCUUGAAUUUUCCUAUUUAUCAAAUACAAGUAAGAUUUAAUGAACUCGCUCAUCAGCUGAAGUUGGGAUUACAACUAGCACCCUAUGAGAACUUGUAUGUAAGCUUAUCAAAUUCCAAAGGUUCAACGGUGGAUCCUCCCACCAUUGUCCAGUCAUCUGUCCUCCUGGCAAUUGGUAAAACUCCUUCAAUGCCUAGGUUAAAGCAGCUGGCUCAAACAAUCAAGCGAUCCCAUUCAAGAAACCUUGGCCUAAAUAACACUGUAUUUGGUAGGGUUAAACAAGUUCAUCUGUCAUCCAUCUUGCAACACUCCCUCAAUGGUGGUGAUGGUACCUCAUGGUCCCCUUCUCCUGCACCCUUACCCCAUUCCCACCAGAGUCAGCACCACCACCAUCACCACCGCCACCAUGUUGCUAAUCUUCCUCCUGCUGUUUCACCUGCUCCAUCUCCUGAGAAUGGUGCAAGAUGGGCUCAUGAGGCUGCACCUGCAUCUCAUAAUAAUUCACCCACUCCUAGAAAAAGCUCACCAGCACCUCAGAAGAGUCACAGGGCAGAGGCCCCAGGUUGCCAAUUCAGGAAUAGUACAAGGUUCAAGGGGAAGACUAGAGAGGCUUCUCAUUCAUCUCCUACUGUUGCACCUCGUAUUUCCCCUCACCAUUCUGCUUCCUUACCAAAACACAAACACCAACAAGUACCAGCACCAUCACCCAGACCCAGACUCAUCUCCCAUCCAGAUCCUGCAUCUAGUCCUCUGCCACAUGUGGUGUUUGCACAUGUUCAGCCCCCAUCAAAGGGUGAAUCAGUUUCACCAUCAUCAUCUGCAUCUUCAAGUCUUCAAGACUUUCAAUGGACAUGGUCACUCUUAUUAGCUAUUAUAUUAAACUUAUAACAACAAAAUCAGAGCAACAUGUUGUGUAGUUAUAAUUACUUCUCUAGUGUUUGAGGGACUGCAAUUGUAUACUCGAACCAAAUGCAUCGGAUAGACUAGAGAAGUUUGUAAAAUGAGAGCAACGCGAAGGGCAUGCCUCGCAUUCUGAGUGGAUAUAUAUUGUUUUCCUGUGAUGUGUAAAUAUUUGAUCAAAAAAAUGCAGCUGGCUGAAGCAUUUUCAGGUCAAAGUCACAUUAUUGGUGGCAGGCCCUUGAUCAUGCGAACUGCCGCUGUUUUGUGUAUUUUGUUAUGCAGAAAAUGUAAGGGGAAAUGAAGUAAUGAACAACAA